AUGUGUGUAUCAUGCAAAAAGAAAAUCCACAAUUAUGAGAAAUGCAACAGUGAUAACGUCGAUACGCAAUGUCUUUUAUGUUCGAAUGGGUUUUACUCGAAUGGACCACAGUGUGUUAAAUGCGACACGUCUUGUGGGGAUGAGGGGUGUGUCAAUGGGAAGUGCACCAACUGCAAAGACAAUAAAAUUUUAGACAAAAGUGGAAAGUGUGUUGAACCAACAAAUUGUGACAGUGUUGACAACAGUAAAUGUGCUGUCUGCAAAGACGGUUAUUAUUUGUACAACAACAUUUGUGUUCAAAAAGCGUCAAACACGCCAUGCAACUCAAUUCAGAUCACAGAGGAUGUUUGUAUCGGCAAAGAAGAUGCUGGGUGUGAUGAAGUUUUAAACGGCAAGUGUGCAUCAUGUCAGAGUGAAUUGAUACUCGACAAUGGAAUGUGUAAAAGCUGUUCCUCGUCAAUACAAAACUGCACAAGUUGCUCCACUUCAAGCACUGAGAGCAUCAUGUGCUCUGUGUGCAGAGAAGGGUUCUUUCCAGAGAAGACAUGUAAGUCAUGCAAAAUGAUAUAUGGGUGUGAGUUGUGUGUGAACUUGCUUGUUGGCAAUGUUGAAAGCACUCGAAUUUGCACGAAAUGUUUGAGUGGGUAUUAUUUGCAAGAUGGUGAGUGUCUCCAAAUCAAAAACUGUGUUGCGAACACAGAAAAUGAGUGCACAAAAUGUGAACAGAAUUAUAUUAUAGAAGAAGAUGAACGCAAAGAAUACACAACACAGCUGGGGUGUAUUGCAACUGAUGGUGUAUUUUGCACGACGUGUUCUGAUGGGUUUUACUUGUCACCAGAAAGUCGGCGAUACGGGAAGUGUGAGAGGUGUGGGAUUGUUGGGUGUUCGCUCUGCAACUCGACAGGUAGUGAUUGUCUAAGUUGUGACAAAACUCAUUUCUCAACAGCAUUGCCAACAUCACAAUGCACAGAGUGUACCACAAUAACGAUUGGGUGUUUGGAGUGUACAAGUGAGCAUUGUACAAAAUGUCAAGACGGGUAUUUCAUAGACGCCACGGAUCACAAAUGCAACUCAUGCAAAAUGAUAGAGGGGUGCACAACAUGCUCACUUGAAACGGGGAAGUGUUUCAAGUGUUUGGAUGGGUUUUAUUUGGUGAGUGGACAAUGCGCGUUGUGCAACAACACCAUCCAAAAGUGUGGAAGGUGUUCGAGUGAUUCAAAUUGCAACAGCUGUAAAGAAGGAUACUUUUUGGAGGAGAACAUGUGCCACAAAUGCAGUGAGAUAGACGGGUGUGAAAUUUGCGACGAAUCAAGUCGUCUCUGUUUUAAGUGCAAAGACUAUUACACCGGAUUAAUAGAUGGAAAUGGGUACAAAUGUGUCGAUUGUGAAACUACACACGAAAACUGUUCGAGUUGUUCGGUUGAUGGAAAUUGCACUGAAUGCAAAAGUUCCCAUAUGUUAAAAGAGGGCGUUUGUGUUGAGUGCUCAACUUCAAAUCCAAAUUGCCACGUUUGUGCAACGACAAGUUCGAGGUGUUUGUCGUGUGGUGUUGGGUAUGGUGUUGACAAGAAUGGGCAAUGUCAGAAGUGUAUUGAUGUGAAUUGUCUUGACUGUGAGUUGUAUGACAAAUGUUCAAAAUGCAAAGAAGAUACAAUUCUCACAGAUGGGAGUUGUGUGAGUUGCAGUGUUGACAACUGUAAGACGUGCGACUUGAAUGGGUUUUGUGUUGAGUGCAAAUCCAGUUAUUAUCCAAAUGAUGGCGUUUGUCAAAGCUACGACUUGAGUUCUCUGAACUGUGUUGAAACGUCAACAACCAGAAACGAGUGUCUGAAGUGCAAUAUAAAUUAUUAUUUGAAAUUGGGAAAGUGCUAUCCAUGUAACUUGUUUGAUGCCAAUUGUGUUGAAUGCAACUACAGCACAUGUUUAAAGUGUUCAGAAGGAACAUAUCCAAAUGGGGUUGGAAAGUAUUGCACUGUUGACGGCUGUGUGAAAUGCAAAACAAAAACGUCUGGUAGUAAUGUGUAUCCUGUUUGUGAAAUUUGUGCACCGGGGUACAACCUCAACUUGAAUGACGAAUUUUGUUAUCAAAACACGAUUGACAAUUGUGAAGAGUAUGAAACCAACACCAACACUUGUUUAAAGUGUAAAAAUGGUUUUGCCCUCGAUGGAACUACAUGUCAAAGUUGUUCCAAUACACUGACCAAUUGUGAAGAAUGCGCGUCAACAUCGAGUUGCACAACGUGUUCAGAGGGAUUUACUGUUGGCACAGACAACACUUGCCACACCUGUUCGGAUGUGAUGCCAAAUUGUGAUAAAUGUUAUUCUGACACUUCAAAAUGCAAAGAAUGUGCAGUUGGGUAUUACGUCACAGAAGAUUUGACAUGUUCGAGUUGUGAUUCGGUGAUAUCGAAUUGUAGCGAGUGUUACAAUUUGGGAGGUGUCAAAUGCACAAAAUGUAAUUUUGAGUCAUACAUUGAAAAUGGGAAGUGUGUCGAAGUGAAGGCAAACGAAUUCAAAACAUCAGAAACAACUUCGAAAGAGUGUCGCCUUCAAAUACAAAACUGCUACAGCUGCAACUACACGACAAGUGAUACCAUCUUUGACACAACAGCAGUUGAGUGCAACAGAUGUCUUGAUGGGUAUGGUUUUGUUUCAAGCACAACAAGAGUCUGUGAGAUCUGCCACAACGAAGUUGACUCGAGUUCUGUGUGCAUCACAUGUGAAAAUGGGUGCAAGAGAUGUUUCAUAAAAGACAACCCUACAAAAGAGCAGUCGUGUGUUGAGUGUGAGGAUGGGUUUGCAUUGAGGAAUGGAAAGUGUCCUAAAAUAGAAAACCGCGAGUAUUGUCUUGAUGAGUUGCACAAUGUCGGCUGUGAGUCGUGCGCCAACUACUAUUCGACUGUUGAAAUUGGCACAAAGUGCUCGCCAAAUAACAGAAACGCAAAUUGCUCGUUUUACAACGAAAAGGGUGAGUGUUUUGAAUAUAACGCAAAACCAAAAGUGUCAUCUUCAAUAAAAACAGAAGACGCAAGUGAUGUCAAUUGCCAAGAGGGCGAAUAUCAAAAAGGGCACUGUCGUUGUGAGUUAUGCAGAGAAGGGUUUGUGUUUGACGCAUCAAAUGAGUGCAAAGAAAACAGUAUAGCAAAUUGUCUGAAUGAAAACUCAAACAAGUGUGUGAGAUGUCUACCAACAACUCUUUUGGGCAUUUCCAACAGCGAAACGGUUUGUUCUAAAAGUGCGACAAUCAACAAUUGUGAAAUUCUAAGCUCAACUGGUUGUGUAAAGUGCGAAAGUGGAUAUUACAUGGAUGGGAUAGAGUGUGAGCGAUGUGAUAAGAACUGUGAGCAGUGUGACACAAAUGCAACGACAUGCAUAUCGUGCUAUUUUGGAUAUAAAAUAUCAUGUGCGAAAUUUUUGAGUGAUGGAGGUUGUGCAAUAUGCCAAAACGGGUAUUAUUGGCAAGGGAGAAAUUGUUACAAAUGUGGCAAUAAUUGCACCACUUGUUCACAGAGCGAAGGCAAUUGCCUGGCGUACAAUAUUGAUAACGGAUUUUAUCAGAACGACACAAAUGGGAUUUAUUGCAUUUCGGUUAAAGAACUUGCAAACUGUUUGAAGUAUGAUAUAUUUGGGUGUGUUCAAUGUGAAAAUGGGUAUUUCUUGGACAGAGGGAAGUGUGAGAUUUGUGCCAAGAAUUGUGAGUUGUGUGUGUCAUCUGAUUUUUGCCAAAAUUGUGUUGAUGAUUAUAUUUUAACAAAUCGUAAAUGUGAGUAUUACACUAAUAUUAAGUAUUGUGCGAGUGCUACAAAUGGUUUAUGUUCAAGUUGCUCACCAAAAUAUGAUCUCUCAAUUGAUAAAUUAAGUUGUAUCAAACAUCAAAACAAGGCGCUUUCAAUUGCACUUCCUGUUGUAAUUACAGUCAUUAUUAUUAUAGUAUUAAUAGUCACAUUGUUUGUGGUGUGUCUCUUGUACACAUCGCAUAAAUUAAAGUAA